AUGCAAAACGGCAGCCCAAACGGCCCAUCACCACAAGAUGAACGUGUAACGCCUGUGCCUGAUACUCCCCACCUGGAAGCUUCCGGUGUGGAAUAUCCAUCCGAUUCUACCCCCUGCCAAUCGAUUCCUACCUUGCCGAAUGACGAAGCUAGCCAUCAGCUUGAAGAGCCACCAUCGAAGAAGCGUCGCCUGACAGACUCGACCCCGUCGCGCAACUCAACUCCCCGGCCUCCUUCGCCGCCAUGGAAGAAGGUUGGCGUGGAAGGACCGACGUCGUUCUUGGUGGAAGGUCGGCGCAGAUCAUCACGGCAAAACGCGGUCCCUAUAGAACAGCAACCGGCAUCAGACAAGCGACACACACGCGCGGCGCAGCAAAGCUACGUGACAAAAAACACACGAGGCGGGGCGAAACCUGUUACGUCCUCCCCACUUGCUGUGACACAGUCGCGUGCCAACGGGAAGCUCGGUGGCAAGCCGAUUACAAAUGGUUCACCUAGGACAGUGCCUACCAAAGGCGCGUCCGGUAAGCAACAACCUCCUUCACAGUCUCCCGUACCAAAGUCAUCUCAAUCGCGCACUCGAUCUCGAAGUUCCGCUACUACGAAUCAACCCCGCCCUGCCGCAAAUGGUGCCAGCCCUCGUGAAACCCGUACGCGAACCUCCCUUCCAACCACAUCACCUGCACCGGAUCAUGGCUUGGAUGGAGUGGAUGAGCAUAAUGAGGAUCUGGAGUCAGGGUCCCCGAUGGUGCCGCGAAUCCGAAUCAAGGUGAAAAAGCCAAUACUGCCAAUCCGACAUCCCGGCCACGUGUCCGGCAAGAAAUACGAGUCGUUCAGAGAAUGGGUUGAUCAUGAGGAUGCGCCGAAUUUGUUAUCUUCGGAGGAAGCCCUCGAGGAGGCGCAGAGGCGGCAACAAGUGUUGAAUGCAGCGGAACCUGGCGGGCCAUUGAGCUCAGAGGUCUGUUCUGCAUAUAUCGCGGAACCGCAGGAGGAACCGCCAUUCCAGUAUUCGCACCAAGAUCACUUAGUGGCACAUGCACUCUAUUUCCAGAAGCUUCUUGAAAAAGAGCAUAAACGCCAUCGGCAAACAGCCAAGCUUUUUGCUCAAUGGUGCGCCGAUGCAUACAGAAAACGCCACAAGAACCCCGAGGACAUUCUGCGGGAACAGCAAGAAGAAAUGCGUGGGAAGCGCAAACAAUUGGCCAAGGACCUUCAGAAGAUGUUCGACUUGACACGUGCCGAUAUUGACCGGGUGCGCCUCGCACGUUGGGAGGAAGAGCGAAAAGUUCAAGAUCAGCAAGCCCUCGAUCGCGCCAUUAGAAAGUCAACCAUGCUGUUUGAGAAACGCCGGUCUGAAAUCCUAGGAGAGGUUCCCAGCGAUGCUCCUGUUUCAAGCGACGAAGAUGACGGGGAGACAGACUAUUCCUCAAACGCAUCUGCGGCAGACAAUGAUAGCAACAUGUCGACAUCUGAGUCUGAAACCGACGACGAAGGCAAUAUUGACGAUGAUGCUAAAUUGACGGCUGAGGAGCUCCGAUCGAAGUACGCUAGUCUGCCGGAUGAGGACACACCUGAUCAGAUGUCCGUAGUCUCUGCGUCCGUCAUUGAUAGCGAAGUUGUGCCCGAUGAGACAGAUGCCAGUGUCAACCCCGGCGAUACUCAGCUGGAUGACGUGGAUUCAGUUUUGAUGGAUGAUAGUGAUGAAUCAGUUGACAUGAGUGAGGAGAUGAGCGAUAGUGAAGACGAGAGCGGCUCCGGAAAUGAAGAAUCUGGCGACGAAUCCGAUGGCAGUGAUGCUAGUGGUAUGCUCGGAUUCUUCUCACGCAAGCAACGGGCCAGUGAUAAGGAUUCAGUCGGAGCGGUUGUGCAAGAACUUGACGAAGAUGAGUCUAAUGACGAGGAGUAUAAGACCCCAGGAGAAGAAGCCCUGGAUAACGAUACAGAGGAUCUGGACGAGGUUUCUCUAGUCCCUAACGGGAUACAUACCAACGAGGAUGAAGAGAUGCCAGAUGAAACUACUCCUUCAGAAGUCGUCGAAGCCUCCAUAGCCAUCCCUGCAGAUGUUGAAGACGCCUCUAUGGUUGAUACUUCGACGGUCAAUACUCCCACAGUUGAUGCCCAUAUGAAGGAUGAUCUUUCUGAAACAGUGCUUCCUGAGCCUAGUGUUCUCGAGGUACCAGGGGACAGCGAACCAGUGGACCAAGUCCAGCAAAUUGAUAUUGAACCACUGCAGGACAGCCGCCGCAAUGGAGAAGUGUCCAGUGAAGUAUCCCCAGGGACUUUCGCAACCAAACCCUCUGAGCCCGAGUCUGUCUCUUCAUAUGAACCUGCAGUUGAGAAAGCAUUGCAGGAGAGCCAUUCACCUGCACCCGGUUUGAAGACUCCCAUCCCCCAUCUGCUGCGCGGUACCCUACGUGAGUACCAGCACUAUGGACUGGACUGGCUUGCUGGCCUCUACAAUAACCGAAUCAACGGUAUCUUGGCCGACGAGAUGGGUCUUGGAAAGACAAUUCAAACCAUUGCUCUACUUGCCCACCUUGCUGUGGACCAUGGAGUUUGGGGUCCGCAUCUUGUAGUUGUGCCUACCAGUGUCAUGCUCAACUGGGAAAUGGAAUUCAAAAAGUGGUGUCCAGGUUUCAAGAUCAUGACCUACUACGGAAACCAAGAAGAGCGCAAACAGAAACGCAAAGGCUGGACUGACGACAACUCUUGGAAUGUGUUGAUUACAUCAUAUCAGCUUAUCUUGCAAGAUCAGGUAUCCUUGAAAAGACGGGCCUGGCAUUAUAUGAUUCUCGAUGAAGCGCAUAACAUCAAGAAUUUCCGUUCGCAAAGAUGGCAAGCUCUUCUCACAUUCAGGACACGAGCCCGGUUGCUCUUGACUGGUACACCGCUUCAGAAUAAUUUGACCGAGCUUUGGUCUCUUCUGUUCUUCUUGAUGCCUUCCGAUGGCGAUGGCGCUGGUGGUGUUGAAGGCUUCGCUGACUUGAAGGACUUUUCCGAGUGGUUCCGACGACCAGUGGAACAGAUUCUGGAGCACGGAAGAGAGACUAUGGAUGACGAAGCCAAGCAGGUAGUUACCAAGCUCCAUACCGUCCUUCGUCCAUAUAUUCUGCGUCGUAUGAAGGCGGAUGUCGAGAAACAGAUGCCUGGAAAGUAUGAGCAUGUCAUGUAUUGUCGUCUGUCAAAGCGCCAGCGAUUCCUGUACGAUGGUUUCAUGUCGAUGGCCCAAACCAAGGAAACGCUUGCAUCCGGCAAUUUUCUUUCCAUCAUUCAUUGUCUCAUGCAGCUCCGCAAGGUCUGUAACCAUCCUGAUCUGUUUGAGACAAGACCAAUUUCCACCUCCUUCGCAAUGCCGCGUUCUGUGGCCACCGACUACCAAAUGAAAGAAGGCCUUGUUCGGCGACGACUGCUCUUUGAUCAUCCUCUCACUAAGGUCGAUUUGGACUUCCUCAACCUGGCCCCUGUAUCUCGAGAGGACAUUUCGAGGCGACUAGCUGAUGACAGUAUCCGACUCAUGGCGUUCGGGCCGUUCAAGACUCUUCGUGAGCGGCAAUACAACCGCACCAAUUGGCAGAUGGAGUUCAACGGCUCUACUAUGGAAACAAUUCUAGAGUCUUUGGAGAAUGCCAGCCGGAAGAGACGAAUGGCUGAAUUAGAGCGAUGUUUGUACUUUGAGUCCAAGCGUCACGGUCGCCGGCCUAUAUACGGUAGCAGCCUGAUUGAGUUCCUGAGAGCCGGUACUAAGGAACACGCGCUUUCCAACGCACCCUUGCGAAAGAGCAAUAUGGCUGAGUGGCUUUCGAGUCGGUCAUCCGUUCUUGCUUCCAUGAUUCUGACCCUCGAAGAACGCUCUCUUGAGAUGGACGGCUACGUUCAGCGAUUCGCUUGCGUCACGCCGGCUGCUGUUGCGUCAGGCAUGACAGAGGCCGCUUUGACUCCAGUCGAGACAAGACUCUUGACCAACACCGCCAAAGACCAGCCGUAUGACCCCUUCCAUGAGGCUCGCAUGCGUCUUUCGAUUGCUUUCCCAGACAAGCGGUUGCUACAAUACGAUUGUGGUAAACUACAGCGGUUGGAUAAGUUGCUACGUGACCUGAAGGCCGGCGGUCAUCGCGCCUUGAUCUUCACGCAGAUGACCAAGAUGCUGGAUAUUCUGGAGCAGUUCCUCAACAUCCACGGGCACCGCUAUCUACGACUGGACGGUACUACAAAGGUUGAAUCGCGUCAGAUGUUGACCGAGCGGUUCAACAGUGACCCCCGCAUUCUGGCAUUCAUCCUUUCCAGUCGAUCCGGUGGUCUCGGUAUCAAUUUGACGGGCGCUGACACUGUCAUUUUCUACGACCUGGACUGGAACCCGGCCAUGGACAAACAGUGUCAAGAUCGUUGCCACCGAAUUGGCCAGACCCGAGAUGUCCACAUCUACCGCUUUGUGUCCGAGUAUACCAUCGAGUCCAACAUCCUCCGCAAGGCCAACCAGAAACGAAUGCUAGACGAUGUGAUUAUCCAAGAGGGCGAGUUCACAACGGACUACUUUACCAAACUCCGAGAUGCUCAGGUGGAAGAGACCGAUGAGCGCGACGGCCAAGACGAAGCCAGUGCCGCCAUGGACCGGGUCCUAGGCAACCGCGUUGCAGGUGGCAACCGGGCUUUCGAACAGGCCGAAGACAAAGAGGAUAUCGACGCGGCCAAGAAUGCCCAAAAAGAAUUGGAGCAUGCAGACGAUGGCGACUUUGAAGAGCGCAGUCCUUCACAUGGAACCCCCGCUCAGGCUGGUACUCCAUUGCCCGGUUCUGGUGAGGGUCAAGCUUCCACUGCGCCCGAUGCAGGGGCUGAUCCGGAACCUGGUCAUAUUGACGACUAUCUGCUUCGUUACAUGGAAUGGAACAUGCGUGACGAACCCCUGGUGCUUCCGGUGGACAAGAGCAAGAAAAAGUCCAAGAAGGGCAAGGAACACCACCUCAAACGCCGCCGCUGA